UUUUAGAGAAAUGAACACUUGUUGAAAGAAUAGAUCUAAAUAGAGGCUUGUAAAACUUGGCUGUAAAGAUUUGGAAUUUGGGACUUUGGAGCCCUAAAACUGUGUAAACUUGCUUAAGGACUCGUGUCUUGUGUGUUGUAGACCAAAAAAUUUUAGGAAGCAUCUAAACAACUAUUUGAAUGUAAAGUUUACAAUCAGAAGUUUUGUGAUGUAAAGAUUUGAGAUCUUAAUAGGUCCUAAUAAUCAUAUUAAAUGGCUUGCAUUUAUGAAAAUCCGUGUGCCCCUUCGGUUCUCACCUCACGUGAGUCUCCUCGUUACCUUGUACUAUGCUAUUUCGAAUUCCGCAACAAGUCUUAUAGUGGAGAAAUGAAUAGGUUUUGUGCGGCCGUCUGCUUAUAUAAACGGGCAUGCUCUGUGGUGAUUUUCCAUCCAAAUAGUGGAGAGGAAGGGUCUGCCAGGGAAAAUGGUCAAGAUCGCGGAGGUUGAAGAACAGCGUGAUGCAGGCUCAGACGAUGAUUGCUGCGAGAUAAGUCUUGAGGAAUUCGCUAAGAAAGUGAGCCUGAAGGAAGAUGGUGAUGUGAUUCUCAUCGCAGCGAAAGGAAAGAUCGUUAAAGUGGAAGCAGAUCAACUGGAGGACUCGACAAAAGCAUAUGGUGACUAUGACACUAAGGCCGAGAGCUCCGGUUGUAGAGGGCAACAAGGUGCUGCUGGUGAUUGCGUGGACAACCCAUAUAAGAUCGAUGAAGAUGAGAUGGGUCUCCUUAAGGUUAAGGUUGAGGACAUGUUUGUGAUUGGGAAGCCUUCUGGUGGCGGCGACAAGAAUGGGCGCAGCUGCAACGCUGCCAACGUAAUUCCUGGCGUGCUGGUGCCUGUAGUGAAGUGCGAACCUGUUGUGUUGGUGACAAUGGCGUUGAAGCUGCCGAAGACGCUUCAUUUGACCACUGCCAUGAGAGGCGGAUAUUUGACGAGGACGAUGACGAGGACGUCGUUGUAGUCUGAGGUCGUCGGCGCCUGAGAUGGUCC